AUGGCUGAUGCACCAGAAGUCGAAGCUCCAAAACUUUCGAAGAAAGAGCUCAACAAGCUUGCCAGAAAAGCGAAGAAAGAUGAGAAGGUUACUGAGAAAGGAGGAAACCACCAACAAUCUGCUUCUAUGGAGCAAGAAGACUAUUCCAAAGACUUCUACGGAUCUUAUGGACUCGUCAACUCUAGCGAGAAAAAGGAGCUGAACUUCCUGAGAGUCAAGGAAAUCAAUGUGUCUAACGCUACCAAAGAUAUUUGGGUGCGCGGACGUGUUCACACGAUCCGAUCGAAAGGAAAGAACUGCUUCAUCGUUCUUCGUCAAGGAGUUUACACCGUCCAGAUUGUGAUGUUCAUGAACGACAAGAUCAGCAAACAGAUGCUUAAGUUCGUGUCUUCGAUUUCCAAAGAAUCCAUCAUCGAUGUGUACGCCACUAUUAACAAAGUAGAAGCUCCGAUUGAGUCAUGCACGCAGAAGGAUGUCGAGUUGCUUGCUCAACAAGUUUUCGUGGUGUCUGCAUCUGCUCCAAAGCUCCCUCUCCAAAUCGAGGACGCCUCACGAAGAGCACCAACUGAUGAGGAAAAAGCCAAAGAACAGGAAAAUCAAUUGGCUGUUGUCAAUUUGGACACAAGACUUGACAACCGAGUUCUCGAUCUCCGUACCACAACCUCUCAUGCAAUUUUCCGUAUUCAAGCUGGAGUUUGCAAUCAAUUCAGAAACAUUCUUGAUGCCAGAGGAUUCAUUGAGAUCAUGGCACCAAAAAUUAUUUCUGCUCCAAGUGAAGGAGGGGCUAACGUGUUCGAAGUUUCAUACUUCAAAGGAUCUGCUUACCUUGCUCAAUCACCACAGCUCUACAAGCAAAUGGCUAUUGCUGGAGAUUUCGAAAAGGUUUACACUAUUGGCCCAGUUUUCCGUGCCGAAGAUUCUAACACUCAUCGACACAUGACUGAAUUCGUUGGACUUGAUUUGGAAAUGGCAUUCAAUUUCCAUUAUCAUGAGGUGAUGGAGACAAUUGCUGAAGUACUUACUCAAAUGUUCAAGGGACUUCAAGAGAAGUAUCAGGAUGAGAUUGCCGCUGUCGGAAACCAAUAUCCAGCUGAGCCAUUCCAGUUCUGCGAGAAACCUCUUAUCUUGAAAUACCCUGAUGCGAUCGCUCUCCUCCGUGAGAAUGGAAUCGAAAUCGGAGACGAAGACGAUUUGUCGACGCCAGUGGAAAAAUUCCUCGGAAAAUUGGUGAAGGAGAAGUACAGCACAGACUUCUACGUUCUUGACAAGUUCCCAUUGGCUGUCCGGCCAUUCUACACGAUGCCUGAUGCCCAGGAUAAGAAGUAUUCCAACAGUUAUGAUAUGUUCAUGCGUGGAGAGGAAAUCCUGUCUGGAGCUCAACGUAUUCAUGACGCUGAUAUGCUUGUCGAACGUGCUACGCAUCAUCAAGUCGACCUUGCCAAGAUUCAAUCCUACAUCGAUGCCUUCAAGUACGGCUGUCCACCACAUGCCGGAGGAGGUAUCGGUUUGGAGAGAGUCACUAUGCUCUUCCUCGGACUUCACAACAUUCGUCUCGCCUCACUCUUCCCUCGUGAUCCGAAACGUAUCACUCCAUAA